AUGAUGUUGCUGGCCAUGUUUGUUCGCUCUGCACACCUCCAGUCGCCGGAAGGAUGCUCCACUUCUUACCAUCUCUCUGCCGGCGCAGACUUGUACAAACUUGUGGAAGAUAACCGCGGGUCCAUUCAUUACGACCGUCUCCUUGCUGGCGCCCUUGAUUGCAAGGAGCGACGAAUAACCUAUUCUCAACGCGACUGCGCAGACACGCUUCAAGAACUUUAUACAGAUAUACAAGACAACGUCUCAACUUGUUUCUCAAUACUCAACCACAUUGUCAAUUGGGAGUUCUGGUGCAAAAUGCAGGCGGUUGCAGAUCCCGAGACGCUUUACACAAAGCAAAACUGCCUCGGCGGUGGAAGCUUUGGCAAGGUGUACAAAGGUGUCGACAAGCGCACUGGUCAGUCCGUCGCGAUCAAGAUUAUCGACGUCGAGAAUGCAGAAGAUGAAGUCGAAGACAUCAUCACGGAAAUCUCUAUUAUGUCCACGAUGAAUUCGCCCUACGUCACCAAAUAUCAUGGUUCGUACCUGAAAGGAUCAGACCUUUGGAUAGUGAUGGAAUUCUGUGCUGGUGGGAGCUGUUCGGAUCUUUUACGGCCGGGAAUCAUAACCGAGGAUUAUAUUAUGAUAAUUGUCAAGGAACUACUGUUAGGACUGGACUACCUCCAUAGUGAUAAGAAACUACACCGGGAUAUCAAAGCUGCCAAUAUCCUACUCAGUGGAAACGGUCAGGUGAAACUCGCUGACUUCGGGGUCUCCGGUCAGCUCAGCGCCACUAUGACAAAGAAGAAUACAUUCGUGGGAACUCCCUUCUGGAUGGCACCAGAAGUCAUAAAGCAAUCUGGCUACGACUACAAGGCAGAUAUUUGGUCUUUGGGUAUCACGGCCAUUGAAUUGGCGACUGGACAGCCGCCUUACUCCGACAUCCACCCAAUGAAAGUUCUAUUUCUGAUUCCCAAAAACAAUCCUCCUGUAUUACAAGGGAAUUUCAGCAAGGCAUUCAAAGAUUUCGUAGCUUUGUGCCUUCGGCGGGAUCCUAGAGAGCGGCCGUCAGCAAAAGAGCUUCUCAGGCACCCAUUCUUAAAGAAAGCAAAAAGGACGACAUAUUUGACAGAAUUGAUUGAACGGCAUGAGCGUUGGCAAGCGAUUCACGGGCGCGGCACUCCAGAUUAUGACGACGAACGUGCUUCUGAACAGCCGCCGCCGUCAAAGGCCACUUCAGAUGACGAGGAUCUAUGGGAUUUCGGAACUGUUCGGCCAGCUGGUAGAAACGCAGGUCUUCAAGCAUUGAGUGGUGCAGCAGCAAAUGUUCGCAAUCAUGGCCCAGACGCAUGGCCUUCGGACCAGAGUCGCAACACCAAAGGCGAAGGCAAUGAUGUCGAGAAUGUCUCUAAAGAAACACUUCGUGUUAAUCCUCCCACACAGUCUCCCCAAAAACAAAAAGUCUCGAUACCGUCCCCUCUCGAAUCUCCAGCAAGGGUGCCUCUCCCUCAAUCUCCGCUGAAGCCACAGCCAACACCAACAGUACCUGGGACACCAUCGUCUCGUCUCGAACAACCCCCUAUGUCCAAAGAGAAAGAUAGCCCCGCAACAAAAGACUACGACAAAGCAUUUCAACAGUCGCUCGCUUCGGACUUAACCUUUUUGCAUCUCAGUGAAUCACCCAGCGGAACUCCAUCACACUCACAAAAUCGACAGCAAUUAGCACCUACUCCUCCUGCUAGUAGUAUAGCACGCAAGCCAGUAUCUGGCCCAGCACCAACUUUCAUCAAAAAGGAAAACCAGCCGUCUGCCGGAACUCCAAAUCAAAACGUUCCCUCGAAAGUCUCUGGACUUCCAGAACAAAAAUCACUUCCUGCAUUUCAUCUCCAGUCAUUACCAACGUCUCAGCCAUUACGGCAAGCUGAACCACCAAGGGGCUCUGUAGAAUCUAGAAGAAGCCUCGACUCUCAAGCAUCAUCACGUCCGGCAACACCUCCGACAGACAUGAAUACUCUAAGCAGAGCUGUAAUAAUCCCAGCUCUCGAGCAUGCACUCCAUUGUCGAGCCAAAGGAGUCAAUGCGCUCAUGCAAGAGCCUCGUGGGAUGUCGUUAGAGGCGAAACAGCGUCACCAAUACGCGCACGAUAGGGUAAAAAGACUGGCAGUCAAAGCAGCCGGUAUUUUCAAUGAAAUUGAUCGACUGGAUCAGGAAGCACCCGUCGAUCUGGCAAUGGGACAGUCAUCAUUCACCGAAGCGUUCCUCGAUGCACUCAUGAGAUUCUGUGAGGUCGACACCGCGGAUCCCGAGGGAGGCGCCGAUAUGUAA